CAGGGGCAUACAACCAGAAUAACAUUGAGGCCUAAGGAGCUAAGUUCUGCUCAGCAGUGCUGACGUGGCUAGAAAGCCGCUUUAUAGCCGCAUAUUGCUUAGUCAUCCGUAAUCCAGCUGGCUUAGCUGGCCCUGAGCCUUGCUGGCACAAUCGGCUCUGACAGAUUGUCCCCCCUUAUCAGGCCUUGUCCUCAAGGCCUUUGAGGCUUCCGAGCUUUCGUUGCUUCCAGGCUUCCGUUGCUCCCAAGCUUCCGUUGCUCCCAAGCUUCCGUUGCUUCCAGGCUUUCGCUGCUUCCUAGCUGCUCCUACGCCUUCUCAAUGCUUCAGGCUCUUAAGAUCUCUCAGUGCUUCAGGCUUCUCAAAGCUUCUCAAGAUCCCUCAGUGCCUCAGGUUUCUCAAAGCUUCUCAAGAUCUCUCAGUGCCUCAGGCUUCUCAAGGCCUCUCAAGGUCUCUCAGUGCCUCAGGCCUCUCAAGGCCUCUCAAGAUCUCUCAGUGCCUCAGGUUCCUCAAGGCCUCUCAAGAUCUCUCAGUGCUUCAGGCUUCUCAAGGCCUCUCAAGGUCUCUCAGUGCCUCAGGCUUCUCAAGGCUUCUCAAGAUCUCUCAGUGCCUCAGGUUCCUCAAGGCCUCUCAAGGUCUCUCAGUGCCUCAGGCCUCUCCACCAUCUCCCUCCUUCUCUUCUAGCUUCGUCCCCGAAGCCUGUGAAAAAAAAAAUCUCUUUUUAAUCACAUUCCAGACGUAAGUCUUCCGAGUGCAAUACCCGCGCUAUAUACGCUGCUCAGUCGCUGCUCUCUCAGCGCUUUAUCCAGGCACUCUUCAGAACUUAAAGCUGUUUGAUAUAGAUUGCAAGCUUUCCACCAGGGACUUGGUUUGCAGCUAAGGAGCCCAGCAUUCAGGAUAGCGUCCCUGCAGCUAUAACGGAUAAUUACAGCUUUCCGUCUUGAGAGUUGCUCUCUAGCAACUCUGAAGCUGUUGCCACGCUUCGCUCCACCGCUAGGUGCAGAAGGGUAAUUAGUUUGCAACCUAAUAUCCAAGCAACUUCAGUUGCCAAGCAGACACUCCGCUUCAGCUCUGCGCUCUCGCUUGAAUAGCAAAGAG